CGCCAUCGCUCUACAAAUACCACACAUUCGAAACCCUAAAUUCAUACUUACAUUUCGCUCUGUCUCUGCUUCCAACCCUUAAUUCUCACUCCUCUUUGUCCUGGUUCCGUUUUGCCCUAACCCUAAUUUCUAUUGUUGUUUAUAUCUCUGGUUUCUAACUCCUGCUACUCUCGUUGCCCUGUUACUCUCUUUCUCUCUCUGGUUUCUGCCCUAUCCUUUGAUCUAUAUCCAUGGCUCGCACCAAGCAAACAGCUCGGAAAUCAACAGGUGGAAAGGCUCCUCGAAAGCAGCUCGCCACCAAAGCUGCCCGCAAAUCAGCUCCGGCCACUGGUGGUGUGAAGAAACCUCACAGGUUCAGGCCUGGAACCGUUGCUCUCAGAGAAAUUAGGAAGUACCAGAAGAGCACUGAGCUUUUGAUCAGGAAGCUCCCUUUCCAGAGGCUGGUUCGUGAAAUUGCUCAGGAUUUCAAGACUGAUCUGAGGUUUCAGAGCAGUGCGGUUGCUGCUUUGCAAGAGGCUGCUGAGGCUUAUUUGGUUGGCCUCUUUGAGGACACCAAUCUCUGCGCUAUUCAUGCAAAGAGGGUCACCAUAAUGCCCAAGGAUAUUCAGCUGGCUCGUAGGAUCAGAGGUGAGAGGGCUUGAUCUCUGAAUCGAGCUAGGGUUUUUCCUCUGAUUUAGGAUCUCUCCUAUGAUUUAGGGUUUUGUGAUUGGAUCUUUGGUAGUUCCCUUGAUGUAUUGCUUUUAAAUGGAUUUAGUGUUUUGGAUUACUGUGAAU